AAAAUUGUUGGAAAAAUAAACGUUUUAGAAAUAAAUAAAUUUCACAGAGAAACAUUGACAAACUUAAGAAUCAAAUGAAUCAUCGCGGCAUCGUGGACUUGCACGCAUCUUUCUUCCCACUACACCGAUCACAACACUCAAAACAACGGCUGAAACUAGUUAUGAAAACUCAAGAACUUGCUCCUCCGAUCACCAAAUCAGUAAUCUGAGAGUCCAUAUAAGUAUAACAAUUUCCCGCCGAUUUUGUGAUUAUUUUGUUGGAAAAACUAUUUUUCAUGUGAGCUUGUUCACUUUGAUUCGAAGUUUGAUCGGGGAUAGUACCGGUGUGCACAGCAGCAUGGAGAUCCAUGCAUGCCUGCCACACAGGCUGGAGGCUUGGCGCACCAGCCACAUGUGUGCAAGAAAGCAUCAUAGCUGCAGCUUUAGCAAGAAAUGGUCAUAAAGUACUGCAUUUAGACAGAAAUGACUAUUACAGUGGAGAAUGGGCUUCCUUUCAUCUUAAAGGUAUUCUGGAUUGGAUAAAAAAGAAUAAGUCUGCAGACAUUGCUCCUGUUAACUCAAAUGAAAACAUUGAAGUAGAAGAGGAACUUAGGAUUUUACCUUGCCCUUCAUAUCAUAUGACUGCUACCAAUAUAGAGGAAGAAAUUCAUGUCAAGGAUCAGGAAACGGUUGAAAGUUCUUGUGGGCCUGAUUCAAGUUGUGACACAUCUGUGAAUUCCAAUUCCGUGGAUUCCGAUGCCCCUCAUUCAGCUUCAUCAUUGAUGAGUACAGUAGAGGAGUGUUCAGUACAGGAUGAAGAACCAAAGACAUCUCAUGAAGUUAAUAAAGACAGCUCUGAUGAUCAAACAUCAAAGAAUGAGUCUCCUCCUACCCAACCUCAAACUUCUAGUGAAGAUCAACUAACUACAACAGCUACUCAAAAGGUACAAAAAGAGUGGACAUGGGAAGAAAUCAUGAGGGAUUGGAGGAAAUUUAACAUUGACCUUUCUCCUAAGUUGAUGUUUUGUAGAGGUGCCAUGGUGGAGCUUCUUGUUUCAUCGAGAAUAAGUCGCUAUGCAGAGUUUAAAGCUGUCACUCGAAUCCUUACAAAUAUCAAUGGCAGAGUUGAACAGGUACCUUGCUCGCGGGCAGAUGUUUUUAGUAGUCGUUAUGUCUCUGUGCUGGAGAAAAGAAUGCUGAUGAAACUCAUAGAAUUUUGUCUUGAUUAUGAGAAUAGGCAAGAUGAGUAUAAAGAAUACGCAGACAAGCCAUUUGCAGAUUUUCUUCACUCCCGCAAGUUGAGUGCAACUCUUCAACACUUUGUUAUUCAUUCCAUUGCAAUGACUUGUGCAGACACUCCCACUCAUAAGGCACUUCAAGCUAUGAAAUAUUUUCUGAGUUCAUUAGGUCGCUAUGGAAAUACUGCUUUCUUAUGGACCCUAUAUGGCAGUGGUGAACUUCCACAGUGCUUUUGCAGAAUGUGUGCAGUCUUUGGUGGUAUUUAUGUUCUCAGGACUCACAUCAGGAGUAUGGUUACAGAUUCUGAAAAUAAUAUCAGAGGCAUCAUUGAUUCAGAGGGGAAAAUUCUGAAGUGUAGAAAUCUUAUUCUGGAAUACAGCUUUACCAUUGGAAAAUCAAACCCAUAUAAUGCCAGGUCCUACUACAGGCAGAGAAGUCUUACGUAAUAGCACAGCUGUUGUUUAUCAUUUCGUCCUUGGCUCAACGCUCAUUUACUGGCCUGUGGAGGUGAAAUUGAGACAACGGGGAUUACCUGGCCAAGAAGGGUUUAUCGGGGCUUGGAAAUGUUACUGAGAUUUUCAAAUGAAAAUUGGGGUAAAGAACCGCAGUUUGCAAUCUGAACUGCGGUCUUUCUCCAAACGGAGGUUUGACGUAAUGUGCGUAGACAUACCCAUCGCGUAUCUGGACAUUGCAACGCGGAUGAUGUGCUUGCGCCCAAGUUACUUUGAAGAAAAAAUAAAAGAAACUUAAAAGAGAGUAGGGGCUAUUUUAUCUCCGCGACGUUGAUUUCGUUAAUAUUUCUACAUGAAUUAACUCCAAAUGUUGACAUGAAGAUGAAGAAAAAUUAUAUAUUCAUUGAGAACAACACCUUAAAGUUAUUCCUGUACAAUUAGGAAGUAUUUCAUAAGACUUUUCUUGACUAAUAUGUCUUUGAAAUGAUGCUUGAAAAGAUGUGAAAUAGACUUCGAAAAAAAGAUGAGAGUAUUGUCAUUUUUGUUAAAAAGAAAUCUCUGAAAGACGCGCAAGCGUAUAUUGCAAGUGUAUUUGAAGUCAAUAAAUUGAUGCAAUCUCACUUCUUUGCCACACCUCCUAGCGGAAAGGAUUUCCAUUGGUUGAGUGAUAUGAGAGAGCUAUAAAAGCACGUUUCUAAUUGGAUAUUGAUUAAAAAAUAGGUGUGUCUUACAGAGAUAAAAUGAAGAAUAAAAUUGUUCUCAGAAUACCAAUUCGGAGAGAUUUUAAGGGUAUUUUAUCUCACUGAUUUCAAUGGAGAUAAAAUACUUUAUUUUAACUUAGAUAAAAUGGAUCUCAGAAUACCACCCCAGAACCAGGAUUAACGUGUCACACCUUAUCACUUUCCCAUCCAAAAUUAUUGUGCUGUAUGAUAUCUCUUGCAAAGGAGGUUUUCAUAUCAUGUACUAUUUGUUAGUGCAGAGGGCGCUUUUGUAAUCGCAAAUUCAAGUCAGGAUAGUCUCACUAUGUAUCAGCUACACAGACUGCCUGUGCUUGAUGCAUUGCGACCAAAGUGUGCCUCAAAUAUUUGGUACCAUUCACCAAAGAUGGCACCAAUUGAUCUGGGGCAAGAAAAUAAGAGAUGCCAAGCACAGUUCCGUAGUUUGAUUUCAUUAGAUGUAAGGUUUGAAUUUGACGUCUCUACACAUGUCAUCUUCUUGCUCAGUACACCCUCUACAUACAUGUAUGUCAUCUUCUUGCUCAGUGCACCUUCUACACAUUUCAUCUUGCUCAGUGCUCCUUCUACAUAUGUCAUCUUCUUGUUCAGUGUACCUUCUACACAUGUCAUCUUCUUGUUCAGUGUACCUUCUACACAUGUCAUCUUCUUGUUCAGUGCACCCUCUACACAUAUCAUCUUCUUGCUCAGUGCACCCUCUACACAUGUCAUCUUCUUGCUCAGUGCACCUUCUACACAUAUCAUCGUCUUGUUCAGUGCACCUUCUACACAUAUCAUCUUCUUGUUCAGUGCACCCUCUACACAUGUCAUCUUCUUGUUCAGUGCACCCUCUACACAUAUCAUCUUCUUGUUCAGUGCACCCUAUGCACAUAUCAUCUUCUUGUUCAGUGCACCCUAUGCACAUGUCAUCUUCUUCUUCAGUGCACCCUCUACACAUGUCAUCUUCUUGCUCAGUGUAUGGUGGGCCGUUCCCGCCAAAACGCAUGCCAAAACCAUACGCGUGCAAGCCAGAACGUACGCAUGGUUCUUUCAUAACGUACGCGUGGAUCUGUCACAACGUACGUAUGGUCUUGACAGAACGUACGUAUGGACAUUUUCUAUUAUACUUCUAUGACAUUCUUAACGUACGUAUGGUUUUGGCAUAACGUACGCUUGGUUCUGUCAUAACGAACGCGUGGUUCUGUCAUAACGUACGUAUGGUUCUGUCAUAACGUACGCUUGGUUCUGUCAUAACGUACGCGUGGUUCUGUCAUAACGUACGCGUGGUUCUGUCAUUGCGUACGCGUGGUUCUGUCAUAACGUACGCGUGGUUCUGUCAUUGCGUACGCGUGGUUCUGUCAUAACGUACGUAUGGUUCUGUCAUAACGUACGCGUGGUUCUGUCAUAACGUACGUAUGGUUCUGUCAUAACGUACGCGUGGUUCUGUCAUAACGUACGUAUGGUUCUGUCAUAACGUACGCGUGGUUCUGUCAUAACGUACGUAUGGUUCUGUCAUAACGUACGCGUGGUUCUGUCAUAACGUACGCGUGGUUCUGUCAUAACGUACGUAUGGUUCUGUCAUAACGUACGCGUGGUUGUGUCAUAACGUACGUAUGGUUGUGUCAUAACGUACGUAACGGUUCGUAUCUUUUAACACAGAUAUUGGAAUGGCCAAUCGAAUUUCUCGUUAUAUAUAAUUAUAUGCGGGGUAUAGCAAUUUGUCCGAUCGAGUGUGCGCUUGCAUAUGUGCAUGCAUACAUAUAUAUAUAUAUAUAUAUAUAUAUGCAUGCAUACAUAUAUAUGCAUGCCCAUUCCAUAUUAUAACCAAGGAAAAGGAAAGAAGAAGAGAAAGGAAAGGAUCGAGGAAAAGAGUGACGCAUUUGCCGACAGAAAUUUUGAAGAGCUUCCUGUCAUUGUAGAGGGAAAAAUCAGCUCGUGCUUCACGCUCUCACGAUCAUAUCAUUUUUUUAAAUCACUGAUAUGAGGAUUUAGGCGCGUAGCCAGGGGGGCGGUGGGGGCGGUCGCCCCCCCCC